AUCGGCAACUCGAGUCCUGCCGGCUGGCACGUAGCAAGCGCUCCUGGCUCCCGCAGUAAGAAAGGCGCACUUUAAAUUAAGCCAGACACGCGCAUGUUGGGUUUUUCCCCCAUUACUGCACUGUCCUUUUGCGCAAUAUUAAGGAUAGGUGAUAGGUGCGUGCUUUUCUUUUUCGGUCGGACGCUGCUAGGAAACCUGAAGAAGGAGCACGGGGCUUUCCCGUCCGGAGAGACUCGGCGCUUUUCGCAGUUUGAGUGCACAUGCUUGCGGGUUUGGGUGCCUCACGGCGGGGCUCUUUUGGAGGAUCCGCGUUUUGAGACGCGAUCGCGGGGGGAAACUGACACGGCGGGAGCUGCGCGGUGUCGCAUUGCUCCCGAUCAAAUGCUUUGAUGAAUUAUUCAAGCGCUCCUCGGCCGACCGCAGCUGCCGUCCGCUGGAGGGGACCCGAUGGUGGACUGAGGAAGGGACACACACAAAAAAACCCGGGCCUUUGUUAUUUUCAGUGGUAAAAAAAGAAGAUACCUUCAUGUUGGGAUCGGUGAGACUGAUAAGGAGCUGGCUUUAGGAAGCCCUCAUGGACAUGCGGUGCUUGGGGGAGGAGGGCAGGAGCGGCAGCCUCGCAACGGAUUUCGCGUUUCACGGGAAUGCAGCAGCUGGAUAUCGCAGGAUUACAAAAUAAACCCUCAAAAUGAGGAUAAAUUAUCAAUGACUAAAAGAAAAACCGUAAACGUGAGCGCUCUUUGCAGCUGGCGAUGAAGAGGAUUGCAGAAUUUGGACAGAGUACUUCAGCAAUAGCCGGCGUUCCCCGAAUGACAAGAAUUAUUGAAUAUCAGAAAUAGUCUCUAAAAUCAAGCAAUUAGGCCUCCAUCGCUACAUGUAUUGUGUAUCAGGUACAAGCAUUUAAUUUUUUUCCACCGAAACGUUUUUGAUGGGCGCAUGUAAUUUCAGAUGUUUAUUAGAAGCCGGACCCGAAGAUCCGCUGUUUAGCUACAAUUAACUGCGCAGGACCGAUUUUGCCAAGUGAAGCAGAUGUCUGCUUUAGAGGGUGCGAUUUAAUAACUAUCUACUUUCCAGUCCGACAUGGCGUCGUUUCCAGACUCCGACUUGCAAACAUGUCCGCUGUGCAAGGAGCUGUGCGGUUCCUCCGCUCCCAUCUCCUCCAGCUCCUCUACCUCGUCCUCCUCAUCGCAGACCUCCAGCUCCUCUACCUCAUCCACCCGCAGGCUCCACGUCCUGCCCUGCCUUCAUGCCUUCUGCAGGCAGUGCCUGGAGGGACAGCGUCAUCCGGGAGACCCCCUGAAGCUCCGCUGUCCCACCUGUGACCAAAAAGUCUCCAUCUCCGAGUCUGGGGUGGAGUCGCUGCCAUCGUCCAACUUCCUCUUCAGCAACCUGCUGGAUGUGGUGGUGUCCUCUGAAGAGCAGACCAAGAACGGGUGCCGGGGUGGCGGUGGGGGCUACCAACGGCCGCAUGGAGGGCUGCUCCGGCCCCACCGCCUGGGGGAGCCGCACUGCAGUUCGUGUGACGAGGGCAACCCCGCUACCUCACACUGCCUGGACUGCCAGGAGUACCUGUGCGAUAACUGCGUCCGAGCCCACCAGAGGGUCCGCCUCACCAAGGACCACUUCAUCGAGAGGCUGGUGGAGAGCCUCCACCUGGGCGUGCGCACCGGCGGCUCUGGUGCCCCAGUCACCCUCUCCCAGUCUUUCCAUUCCAGUUACUCUCUGCUUCCCAUCUUCCAAGACCGGAUGAGCUUCUGCCAGCAUCACGACAAUGAGGUGUUCUGCUUCUUCUGCGACACCUGCUCAGUGCCCAUCUGUCGGGAGUGCAGCGUGGGCCGGCAUGCGGGCCACAGCUUCACCUACCUGCAGGAGGCGCUGCAGGACUCGCGGGCUAUUACCAUCCAGCUACUGGCUGACGCUCAGCAAGGAAGGCAGGCUGUUCAGCUUAGCAUGGAGAAGGUCCAGGCCAUCGCGGAGCAGGUGGAGAUCAAAGCCAAGGUGGUCCAGACAGAGGUGAAAAGCGUCGCCUUGCGGUACCGGAAGGCCCUGGAGGAACGAGAGUGUGAGCUGCUGUGGAAGGUGGAGAAGAUCCGGCAGGUGAAGGCCAAGUCCCUUUACCUGCAGGUGGAGAAGCUUCACCAGAACCUCAGCAAGCUGGACGGCACCAUUGCGGCAGUGCAGCAGGUGCUGGACGAGGGCCGCAACAUGGAUAUCCUCCUGGCCCGCGAACGCAUGCUGGCGCAGAUCCAGGAGUUGAGGCGCUCAGGGGCCUGCUGCAGCCCUCAGGAGGAUGACCGCUUCAUGUUCACCCCGCCGGAUCAGACUCUCUUCAUUGCCAUCAAGUCCAUGGGCCUCGUCAGCAGUGGUGCCUUUGCGCCCGUCACCAAGGCCUCGGGGGAGGGCCUGAGGGGGGCUCAAGGCAAAGUUGCCUCAUUCACAGUAGUGGGGUACGACCAUGACGGAGAGCCCCGCCUCUCAGGAGGCGACACCAUCUCAGCUGUAGUCGUGGGAUCGGAUGGGACCGUGUCCACUGCCGAUGUGCUGGACCACCAGAACGGCACCUACACAGUCAGCUACUUGCCUAAGAUGGAAGGAGAGCAUAUAGUGUCUGUGUUUAUCAGCAACCAGCACAUUGAGGGCAGCCCCUUCAAGGUGCUGGUUAAGUCGGGCCGCAACUACCAGUCGGUGGGCAUUCCGAUCGCCUCCUUCGGGGUUGAGGGGGAGGGUGACGGACAGCUGUGUCGGCCGUGGGGCGUCUGUGUGGACAAGGAGGGCUACGUAGUGGUAGCUGACCGCAGCAACAAUCGCAUCCAGGUAUUCAAGCCCUGUGGUACAUUUCACCAUAAGUUCGGCUCGCUGGGCUCGCGGCCAGGCCAGUUUGACCGACCGGCUGGCGUGGCCUGUGACGGCCAGAGGCGGAUCAUCGUGGCCGACAAGGACAAUCACCGCAUUCAGAUUUUCACCUUCGAGGGACAGUUCCUCCUGAAAUUUGGGGAGAAAGGCACCAAAAAUGGGCAAUUCAACUACCCCUGGGACGUGGCUGUCAACCUCGAGGGCAAGAUCCUAGUCUCAGACACCCGCAACCAUCGCAUCCAGCUCUGGCCAGAUGGGGUUUUCCUGAACAAGUACGGUUUUGAAGGCGCCCUCUGGAAGCAUUUCGACUCACCGAGGGGCGUGGCUUUCAAUCACGAGGGCCACCUGGUGGUGACGGACUUCAACAACCACAGGCUGCUGGUCAUUCGGCCCGACUGUCAGUCGGCUCGUUUUCUGGGUUCAGAGGGCACCAGUAAUGGGCAGUUCCUACGUCCGCAAGGGGUUGCCGUCGACCAAGAGAACCGUAUCAUAGUCGCAGACUCCCGCAACCACCGCGUCCAAGUGUUUGAGCCCAACGGAAACUUCUUAUGCAAGUUUGGGACUCAGGGUAAUGGCUUUGGGCAGAUGGAUCGCCCGUCGGGUGUUGCCGUCAUGCCGGAUGGCGUGAUUGUCGUCGUCGAUUUUGGAAACAACCGAAUCCUCAAGUUCUGACCCCAGAGCUCUUGUGGGUUAGCAGAAGAAGAAACGGAAGAGGGGGAUUUGAUGAGCACAUCAGGAGUCUGCCGCCGACUCGAUGACUGACAUCUCCCGAGCAUCGGUAGAAACUUCUGACGUCUCCCUGUUCCUCUAGGGGGCAGUGUGGACUCUGAUGUGCCUCCUACAGUUUCCUUUAACUGAUUCUCAGGGAAUUUCUCACCUUCUUGAAAAUAUUGUGCUCUCUGCAUCAUACCUACCUCAUGUAGUCUAUAUAUGAAUGUACUUGCAUUUGUUGUGCAGAGAUUUAGUCAGCGAAGUUUUAUAAAGAAGAGUCUACCUCAGUGUUUAUUAUUUUUUUUCUGUUUUGCAAGCAAAAUACGUUUUUGCACAGAUUUUGGGUUAAAUAGUUUUACUGUGCACAUUUAGACAAUUCGAAUCCUGAAUGUUUUUGAAGACAAAGGUCCAUGUGACUUAUGUCUCGGAUGAAAAGUGUUGCAGCAGUGAUUCCUGCCUGCGGUUCAGUAUACUGGUGGAAUUUUUGAGUUUUUUUUUCCCCCUCUUCAAUGUAGUUUUGCGUUUACCUCCAUCUCUUACCUGCAAACUAAAACGGGAAGUCUCUUUUUCCCAUGUGUGAUAAAAUGGAAAUCAAAAUGGCAACCUUAAUGUGGUGCCAGGAAAAUCUGUGAUUUACAUGAAAUCCUGUCACUUUAUAACGGGACCAAUUGUAUUGAGCAGAAGUUUAAAAAAAAAUUGUUUGGAUGAGGUUUUUGGUAGUGUUAGAAGUGAUUUAAUGCUCAAUAAUUGAUGUAGAAUCUAAAGAUCAUAUAAGUAAUUAGUGUUAAAGAGGCUUUCAGUCAAUUUAAGAGCUAUAAACUGAGAACUCCUGCGUGGAGAUUUUAUUGUAUUCUUAGUCUUGGUAGAUUGGACAUGCAGGACAGCAUGUAUUCUAUCCAAACUUGGUACCAAAAAGUAGACAAUUUAGUCUGAGUAAAUUAAUUUUACUUAAUUCGGGCCAUUUUCAUUUCCUUCACUUAAGAGUGGCCAGAGGAUGCUGCAGACUGGCACUCGGCCCCAAGGUCCGGUGCACGUGACCGCUGAAGAGCGGCGCUUCGUGAUUGGGCGCUCAGUAAAACACGCUCCUAUUGGCUCUGGAGCUUCGGAUGAAAUCCAAUCCUUUGCACGACUACUGCUGUCGGUUUCUAUUUAUUGGGUUCCUUUUUUCUUUUCUUUUUUUUUGAAUCUGGGAAGUUCUUGUGCUGAUGCAUGCAGGCCAACUGGAGAAUCACGCCUCCCACUUCAGCUAGAGAAAAGAACUGCAGGUAAACUUCUGUGUGGCGGGCCCAAUUAGCCUUUAGUGUCGGGUAUUUUUUAAAAAUCUUUUUUGACAGUUUUUUAUAUAUA